AUGGAGGAAACCAUAGCAGCGGGCUUGGCCAACAAGAUAUACGAGAAGCGUAAAGUAGCUGCAUACGAACUUGAAAAGCUCAUACGCGAUGCUGCGCAGUCUCAAGACCAUGCCAAGGUGCAGGCAGUCAUUGACCAGCUCUGCAAUGACUUCAUUGGUACAUCACAAAAAGCGGCGAGGUCAGUCUCUGGCGGCCUUAUCGGACUAGCUGCAACGUCCAUUGCGUUGGGCAAGGGUCUAGCUGUCCACCUCGAUUUGAUCAUACCUUCGGUUCUAUCAUGCUUCUCGAACCAAGAUGCGCGCAUCAGAUACUACUCGACAGAAUCUCUUUACAACAUAGCGAAGGUGGCCAAAGGGGAAAUCUUACUGUACUUCAAUGAGAUAUUUGAUGCUCUCUGCAGGUUAUCCGCCGAUUCCGAGAUCUCCGUAAAAAACGGAGCAGAGCUUCUCGACCGCUUGAUCAAAGACAUCGUUUCCGAGAAGGCUACAGAAUACGUUUCUGUUUUACAAAGCUCUCCUUUUGCAAGUCCCUCUGUUGCACCACUCAAGUCUGGCGAGGCACUUUACUCUACCAACGGGCGAGACCGGCACACGGCGUUCUCCUUAAACAAAUUCAUUCCGCUUCUCUCGGAACGCAUGUAUGUCCUCAAUCCGUUCACGCGCAUCUUCCUGGUAUCAUGGAUCACGGUGCUCAAUUCAAUCCCCGAUCUCGACCUUGUCGUCCAUCUCCCUCAAUUUUUGGAUGGGAUACUAAAUUUCUUAAGCGAUUCUCAUCAGGAUGUGCGCAUCGCCACAAGCAAGCUUCUGGCAGAUUUUCUGGCCGAAAUCAAGAAAAUUGCCGACGUCAAGCGUAUACAAGCAAACACGAAGAGAUCCAAAUAUCGAGUUGCUGAUUCCAGUCAUCGAUCUUCAGUAAAUCUUGACAUAUCUGGAACAAAGGAAAAGUCUUUGACCCCAGCAGAUAUAGAACAGGACGGAAAAGAUGAUGGGCAUCCAGAUGACGAGGAUGAAGGCUCUCUCAGUGGGCUCGAUCUUUUCAUUGAUUACACAGCAUUGGUCAGGAUCCUUCUGCGACAUCUCAACUCUCACGAAGAGGCGAUACAGCUCACAGCACUGACUUGGCUAUCCGAGUUUUUUUCUAUCUGCCCUCUAGCUGUUUUGGAGUUCAUGCCAAAGCUGCUCGAAGUGUUCCUGCCCACAAUUUCGCACGACGCAAAAGCUAUGGUCAAAGCAGCCUCAGAGGUCAACGACAAAUCGUUGAAACUGAUCCGGAGCGUUAUAGAUGGCACGCCUCUUCCAGAUGGCUCGCUGGCCUUACUCGACUCGGUUGAUUUAGACUUUGGUGCAACGGUGAGUGCUGCAACAAUACAACUGCUCGACGACCAUGUUGAUACGAGGGUCAGUGCACUAGGAUGGCUCAUGGAGCUCCAUCGAAUGGCGCCCAGCAAAAUAUUGACUCUUGAGGACGGGACCUUUCCAAUUCUACUCAAAACACUCUCUGACACAAGUGAAAAGGUCGUCACAAAAGACCUGCAAUUGCUAGCGCAAAUAUCUAGCAAUUCGGCCGAUGAUUACUUCAAGGCACUAUGUUCGAAUCUGCUCACCCUUUUCUCAUCUGAUCGCAAGCUUCUAGAGACUCGAGGUUCUCUUAUCAUCCGUCAGCUGUCCAUCUAUCUCAAUGCUGAGCGCAUCUACAGAACUCUUGCAGAGAGUCUGGAGAAGGAAGAUGACCUGGAGUUUGGUAGCACAAUGGUCCAGCACCUCAACAACAACCUGCUGACUGCACCGGAAUUAUUUGAUCUGCGCAAACGAUUGCGAAAUAUGGAUAGCCGAGAUGGUCAAUCAUUCUUCACGGCCUUAUAUCGUUGCUUCUGUCACAAUGCUGUUGCAACAUUCUCUUUAUGUCUGCUUGCACAGGCGUACGAGCAAGCUUUCAACCUGCUUCAAAUCUUCGCUGACCUUGAAAUCACGAUACACUUGCUCAUUCAAAUUGACAAGCUUGUACAUCUGCUAGAAUCACCAAUCUUCACAUAUCUGCGAUUACAGCUUCUCGACAACGAUCGCUAUCCUUUCCUGCACAAGUGCCUGUACGGUCUACUCAUGCUGUUGCCACAAACGUCGGCUUUCACAAUACUGCGCAACAGACUCAACAGCAUUCAGUCUAUCCCGGCUGCCAAAGCUACACAAACAGCGAUCUCUGGAACGGUGCGCAAAGGCAAAGAUGAAGUACCAUUUGCUGAACUGCUAGCAAAGUUCCGCAGCGUUCAAGUCAAGCAUGAACGUGCUAGGCAAAUUUCGUCAGGUGCUAGCAUCGCACCAAAAAGCCAGCGCAGAAUCUGA